AUUCUAAUUAAUUAAUACUACCAUCCCUCUCUCUCUCCCCCUCCUCCCAUAAAUCCUCUCUUCUCCUCGCUGAUGAGGGAGGAGCGGUCCGACAUGUCCGAGGACGAGGACGGAGGAGGUGGCUCCGCCAAGAGCCGGGGCGGCGGAGGCGCCCCGCCGCCCUUCUCCGACCAGGUACUGGAGAUCGUUCUCGAGAACGUUCUCCAGUUCCUGAGCUCGCGCCGGGACCGGAACGCCGCGUCCCUGGUGUGCCGGUCCUGGUACCGGGCCGAGGCCCAGACCCGGCGCGAGCUCUUCAUCGGCAACUGCUACGCCGUCUCCCCCCGGCGGGCCACCGAGCGCUUCCGCCGCAUCCGGGCGGUGGUCCUCAAGGGGAAGCCCCGCUUCGCGGACUUCGGCCUGGUCCCCAUCAACUGGGGCGCCCACUUCCACCCCUGGGUCUCCGCCAUGGCCGCCGCCUACCCGUGGCUCGAGAAGCUCUGCCUUAAGAGGAUGUCCGUCGCCGACGGCGACCUCUCCCUCCUUGCUCACUCCUUCCCUAAUUUCAGGGAGCUCUCCCUUAUUUGCUGCGAAGGUUUCAGCACCGCCGGCCUCGCCGUCAUCGCCGAGAAGUGCAGGCAUCUUCGAGUGCUAGAUCUGAUAGAAGACUAUUUGGAGGAUGAUGAGGAUGAGAUGGUGGACUGGAUUUCGAGGUUUCCGGAAACGACCACCUGCUUGGAGUCGCUUGGGUUUGAUUGUGUUGGCGGUGCAGUCAAUUUCGAGGCCUUGGAGGCGCUCGUCACCCGCUCGCCCGCCCUGCGGCGGCUGCGGGUGAACCACCACGUCUCCGUGGAGCAGCUCCACCGCCUCAUGGCACGGGCGCCCCAGCUGACUCACCUCGGCACCGGGUCGUUCGGAUCGGCCGCCGCCGCCGCCGCCGCCGCAAUCCCACAAGGAGGGAACAAUGUGGUCGAUCUGGUGUCUACCUUUGCUGCCUCUAAGUCACUCGUUUGCCUCUCAGGCUUUCGCGAUAUGGCGCCUCAGUACCUCCCGGCUAUCUACCCUGUCUGCGCCAGCCUCACCUCCCUCAACUUCAGCUUUGCGGAGAUCAGCGCCGAGGAGCUCAUCCCAGUGAUCCGCCACUGCCACAGUCUUCAGAUUUUCUGGGUGCUUGAUACAGUGCGAGACGAAGGGCUUCAGGCAGUGGCAGCGACAUGCAAGGACCUCCGGGAGCUGAGGGUGUUUCCUUUGGAUGCGACGGAGGAUUCUGAGGGGUCUGUCUCAGAUGUCGGCCUCAUUGCAAUCUCUGAAGGCUGUCGGAAGCUCCGUUCCAUUCUUUAUUUCUGCCAGCAGAUGACCAACGUGGCCGUCGUGACCAUGUCCAAGAAUUGCCAGGACCUGGUGGUGUUCCGCCUCUGUAUCAUGGGUCGGCGCCGCCCCGAUCACGUAACUGGAGAGCCCAUGGAUGAGGGGUUUGGGGCUAUAGUAAUGAACUGCAAGAAGCUCAGGAGGCUUGCUGUGUCUGGAUUGCUCACUGACAAGGCAUUUGCUUACAUUGGGAAGUAUGGCAAGCUGGUGAGGACGCUUUCUGUUGCUUUUGCUGGGAACACUGACUUGGCGCUGAUGUAUGUUUUGGAAGGGUGCACCAAAUUGCAGAAGCUUGAGAUCAGGGAUAGCCCAUUUGGGGAUUCCGCUCUUCCUGCGGGGCUUCACCAUUAUUACAACAUGAGGUUCCUCUGGAUGUCUUCUUGCAAGCUGUCUGUAAGGGGAUGCAUGGAGGUGGCUCAAAGGUUACCUCACUUGGUGGUAGAAGUCAUUAGGGAAAGAGAUGAAGAUGAUGACCAUGAGGCUGUUGAGAAGUUAUACAUGUAUCGAUCUCUAGCAGGGCCAAGGAACGAUGCACCACCUUUUGUGGAGAUCUUAUAGAAGUACUCUCUCCAUAUUGAUUGGAGGGGAAGACAAUAUUUGCCAUUUAUUUGUGGAUCAGCCAAGGAGCUUAUUUUUGGUUGGGUAGUGGAUUUGAAUUGAUGCAGUGAGGGUGAGUCUGUUGGGUGUUUUUCACAUCCCCUCAGAGAGUUCAUCUGCUCCAUGCCAAGAAGAAAACUCCAGCAUUUUAUGGUUCCAUUAUCACUUCUGCAUCAUUGUUGGGCUGUGGAAUGGCAGUUGCAGUAUGAGAUCAUGAGUAACUGUAUCAUUAUUUCAGUGCAUCUCUUUGUUCCGGUUGAAAAUCCAGCAAGUUUGAUGAAGUGGAAGCCGAAAACAAACUCAAAGUUAUGUUAUAUCAGUAGGUCAUUAUUUAUAUAUAUCUACCUGAAUUAGAGUUCAUGGAGCAAGGCUGAACAGUAAUUUUGAGCAAGUCCAGUUGGGUUUUUGAUGGUAGGUGAUACUUGGAAGUCUCAAACAAUAACUUCAUGGUGGCAUCUCCUUCUAUCAAGCAAUAUGGAUAAGUAGUACACGUGCAUUGUUGGAUCACUUUGCUUCGGGGCAGGUGUUCAAAUCCUGAGGUGAAAUUUGAUCUUGAAAAUUUUAUUUGUUGAUUGUAGGAUUUUAAGUCAUAUGUGGAAGAGUUAGCUCUGAACGUUUCUUAGUCCAUUUUAUCUGGUUCUGUUAUUGUCCGGUCAUAUAAACACAAAAUUUCUGUAGAAAUUUGAGUCAUUCUCACCUUUUUCUUCAUAUAUCACUGUUGCAUUGCUACAUUAAAUGCACUGGUCAUAAAGUCUUAAAAUCAUUUCU